AAAUUGGGGAGGGAGUACAUAAUAUUUAAGAUUUCUAGGUUAAUAAAUAUCUGGCUUUUAUAGCAUCUUAGCUUUUCUUUUUAAAAAAAAAAUAAAAAAAAAAUCUAUCUAAUCCUUAAAACAAAGAACUCAUUUUCCAGAACUUUAUCAAGCAUCACUUUAUAUCAUCUCCCUCUCUCUCUCUCUCUCUCUCUCGUACUGUGUAGGCAUCUGACAAAUUUAAGAAGAAGAGAAAGGAAAUAUUUCUACAUUCAUUCCUCCAGUGUGUUCCAGUUGACCAGACUGCAGAGACCACUAAAUAUUCCAGUGUAAAAAACACCAUAAACUUGAAGCCCACAUGUUGUACAAAAACAUGCAAUUGAUGAAAUAAUACAUCUAUUAAGUACAGUAUUCAUCAUCAUCAUCAGAAGAAAUUAUGUUCGUAUAUAUAUGAUCAAAGAAAGAUCAUUGGAAUAAAGACUAGCUAUGGAAGGAAAUCAUCAAGAAAGAGUAUUAAACAAUAAUUAUGAUCUACAAGAAGUCUCCUUUUCAACUGCCAAUAAUAUUCAUGAAAUGGGAUUUGUACACUUUGACGAUCAUCAAAACCAAGUUAUGAGCUUUUUAUCCCCUCUCUCACAAUCUUCUCAAAUUCCUCUCACCGCCGCGACACAAACCCUAGCUGCUGCCACCAAUAAUGGUAGCAGUUCCAUAGGGUUUAGCCACAUUGACCUCGUCAAUAGAUCUUCUUGGAACGACGAUCAGGUGGAAUCACUGGAUCCCAAGGCUGUUAAUGACGAAAAUUGCAGCGGAAAUGCUAGCGAGGGUAACAAUUCGUGGUGGAGGAGUGAGAAAGGGAAAGUGAAGGUGAGAAGAAAGCUUAGAGAGCCAAGAUUUUGUUUCCAAACAAGGACUGAUAUUGAUGUUCUUGAUGAUGGUUACAAAUGGAGGAAGUAUGGUCAAAAAGUUGUCAAGAACAGCCUUCAUCCAAGGAGUUAUUACCGAUGUACACAUAGCAAUUGUCGAGUAAAGAAGAGAGUUGAAAGACUUUCAGAAGAUUGUCGUAUGGUAAUAACAACCUAUGAAGGUAGACACAACCAUUCUCCUUGUGAUGAUUCUAACUCUUCUGAAAAUGAUUGUUUUGCCUCUUUCUAGACUACUACGUACUCUGUUGGUCCAUUAUUUUGUCAUGAUCUUGCUCUUCUCUAUUUAUAUGUAAUAUGUAAUGUAAUAACCUAGAGUUAUAUAUAUAUUUUUUAUGAGAUUAAAUUGUAGUUCGAAA